GCUGGUUACCAACAGCAGAAUAAGAAGCCACCCAGUGGCAGAGAGAGGAGGCUUGAAUGACAGACUCAUUAAAUCAAAUGUUUCAAUUACUUUUACACCAUCUGUAAGAAUGCCCUCCGGAAAAUAAGUCCUCGAUAAUUAAAGCGAUAAUUGAUCUUUUGGACCAAAUUUAACAGGUCAGUUACCCAGGCAACAUAAACGGAGCGGUUUACAUUCGAGUUUCGAGCAGGAGACCAAACAUGCGGACUUGCUGUCCUGUCUUUCGACGCCGACGCGUUAGAGCUGGAGCUGGGGUCAUGAUAGCCAGGACAAGUCUGAGCAGAGGCAUCACUGUCCACCGCCUCUGCAAGAACGUCACCUUGUACCUCAAUGAAUUGACCUCUCCAGACCGAAGGGUCCAGAGCCCUUUCCCUGAGGACCACAAACCCCUCCUGCUGAUGCUGCCGUGGCUGGGAUCACGACCCCAAGCUGUGACCAAAUACUGCGAAAUCUAUUUUCGGACUGGUUUUGAUGUGCUUGUGGUGGAAAGUGAGGUGAAAGACUUCCUGUGGCCUCGCUGGGGACUGGAGCGUGGAAAAUCAUUGCUGGAGUUGCUCCAGAGUGAACGCUUGAUGUCCCGCCCCCUCCUCAUUCAUGCCUUCUCCAUUGGCGGCUACACAUUCGCUCAGCUGCUGGUCCAUAUCUCCCAAGACAAACAGCAGUACCAGGCAGUGGCAAAGAGAAUCAAAGGCCAAGUGUUUGACAGCUUGGUGGUGGGGUCACUGGAGCACAUGGCCACAGGUCUUGGCAAAACUUUGUAUCCUCGUUGGGAGAAUCUAAUAAGGCAAGCCAGCAUGUUAUACUUCCGCAUUUUUAAACGCCAGACGGUAGACUACUUCAAUGCAAGCAUCGAUGCAUUUUAUAACACUCCAGUCAAAGCCCCAGCGCUGAUCUUCUCCUGUGAAAAUGACCUGCUGAGUGAUGCACCAAGUGUGGAGAAAUUAGCGAGUCAUUGGCAGAAUCAUGGGAUGGACAUAACAACAAAGAAGUGGGAAGUUUCAACGCAUGCCGGUCAUUUACGGCAACAUCCACAGGAAUAUCUGAACACUUUAAACACCUUCCUACAGUCACUCGACAUCGUCCCACUGAAGGCCAAGAUGUGAGGCUGUUACUGGCUAAAUUAAAAAUACCUCGGUUGUACUACCUGUGCUUAGUUACUUUAGCAGCUUUAGAAUUUUAAAUAAUUUUUAUUUAAAUCACAGCUGAAAUGUCUUUAAAAAUUGGGUUCAGUUGUUCUGAUUAAGAAAAAAAAGACAGCAAAAUAAACUGUGAGUUCACCAUUCAGAACACAACUGUUGUGGCUUCCACAAGUGAUACUGUGAAACAGCAGCGAAGAACACAGCAAGGCAGAUUUUACAGUAAACUGUUAGACCUCAUGUUUUUUUUUUAUUUAUCCGUGUCACUUUAAAUUAGAUUGUCAGAAUCUUUGUUGACCAGAAAGCUACCGUUGUAACUUUUUUCAGUUCAAUAUUUCGUUUAUUUUUCUUUUAAAGCUGACAGACAAGAUUCAAGCGCAUUUCACUUUUUCGACGUCUCAAGUGGGAAGUUGGCUUUUGCUGAGUAGAAACGGUGAAUCUGCAGCUAUUCUUCAUCUUUUGUACAUUUAACUUUGCCACACCUUCCCUGUAUUCAUUCUGGAAACUGUAAACCAAAAAUGUUCAAUGUGACAGCCUUAAGUACAUUCAAGACUUAAUUUCCUCAUUACUUUCCACUGAGACAACUUGUGACAACACAAAGACAACACAAGUUGGCUUUUCACAAGUAGUUGCUUAUUUGUGGUUUAAACAUGUUGUUUCUUGCAAUGUAUGGGUGUCUCAAUAUAUUUUAAAAUUAUGACAUCAUAUAUUCCUAUAAGAAUUAUAUUUCACUGAGCCGCAACGCCUUUAAAACGUAAGUGGAUGUUUUUGGUGCUAGUAUGUAAAGAACACAACUUUUUUUUUUAACUUGAACUUACUUUGGUGUUCAUUCAAAGCAGAAUUUACCAAAAGCUCCAUUACAAAUCCUCUCUAAGGUUUGUUCCUGUUGUACUGCUUAUGACAUAAAAUUAUUUGUAAAUUCAAAAGAUUUGAAUAUUGUUACAAGAUUGCGGUCUCAGCAGUUGGUCAGAAUACAAUCAUCGACCCCCUUCACAACAAGAGAAAACCAUACAAAUCACUGCUGAAGAAAUUGAUUGUAUGGUUUUCAACCAUAUUAACAGAAAAUGAAUGUGAUGUGGUUGGAAAUGGUGCAACAAGGACAACCAAAAAUCCAUUCCAGAACAGCCGCCACACAAAUGAAUACUAGACAUAGGCUGAUAAUGUCACAUCUCUGCAUCAAGUGUAUGUACGUGUACGAGUGAGAACGUAAGACGGAGGAUAUGUAAGUUGUUGUAGAGUGUAGAAAGAAAAAUUGCAACAGAUUAUGUGAAAUCUAUUGCAAGUCUUCCAUUACUUAAAAGGGAAGCAUCUGAAUUUUAAAGAAAAUGGCUAUGCUUUCUUUUAUGGUUUCGUUUGUACCUACAAUUCUGUUGGACUCGGCAAGAAUAGCUGUAGUCCUGCUGAAGCUAAUAUGGCUCUUAUUAAACAUAAACUGUGCUUUCACAAAAACACCAGAGCUUUCCAGAAUAGGCAGGAGCUGCAUUGGAAAUCUGAAGUAGUUCUGAUUCGAAAUCCUCAUUUUUUUAGGAGAUUGUUAUGCAGUUUAAUUACUGAAGAUCAUUGUUGAAUUUAGUGCCUUUAAUUUGAGUUUCAUUGCCUGAUUGUUUGUGGAAAAGGACACAGCAAGUAAAUGUUAACUUUCACUGUGCUAUUUGUGCAAAUUACUAAUCAAUAGUAAGGAGAUUUGAUUGAAAGUUCACCCGGUGUUCUUAUUCAUUUUCUUUUUAGUUUAAAAUAAAAUUCUAUAUUAUAAUUAGGUUAUCUAUUUGAUAGUGUUUAGCAUGAGCAUUUGUAAAGAAAACCUUUUUGUCACUAUGUCUCUUAUGUUUUGGUUCCCCCUGGUGGCAAAGAGUUGAAUGAGUUCAUCUAGACAUUACUUUAUGAAUAUUACUGAUAUUAAUAAAAAAAAGUAAUAUAUUAAUAUCAUAUUACUUUUUAAAAAAGAAGAAAAUAAUAAAAGAAAUAGAUUUUUGAUAAAACAAUUUCUCAGAUAACAUGACAAUUUAUAUGUAAUCCAAGAUAAUGUGCAAAAGUUUGACUUAUCCCACUUAUCCAUGUUAUGCUUAAUUGGAACCAGACUUUCCGUCUUUUUAUUUUGGAUUAAAUUAAGCAAGAUGUCUUUUUUAUUUACGGAAGAUUGUAAAGUAUUUUCCCCCAAAUGGAGUAAAAAAAUUGUUUUGACCAGAAGUGGUUUAAAACUUAUAUAGUACAAUGUCAUUUUAAACAUUGUCAAGAUCGGGUGAGAUCGAUCAUUGUGUCCAUGCAUAUACAAUUAAAUUACUUAAAUGUAUGUUGUGACCAGCAAGGAUUUUUGUUUAUCUAAUUAAACUGAGUGAGCGAAAAAUAAAAAAAUUUACAAUUUUU